AUGAUAAAAAACCUACAUAGGACUGUAAUUAUUAGGACAUCAAAUAGUCGCAAACAUUCGACUUCUUCUAUUGAUUCUGAUAGCACUUCAACAAAAUCAGAUAUUAAAUUCAAAUAACCAACAUUUAUUUAACAGCCUCUUUAACCUUUGAAAGAAGUGAGUGAACCCAAUACUCCGGAUGCCUUGAAAAUACCACAGACUUCAAAAAUUGCUUCACGGAAGUCGAGAUUUCAAAAGCCUAUCGCUUAGAUAAAAUACGAUAGUAGUUCAUCUUCAGACACAAGUUCAGAUGCAUCAGAACAUAACAUUUGGAACGAUGAUGAAAUAUUAUUGAAGGGAGUUCAUUUAGGAGAUUUCUCAUAUUUAUCACCAACUGAUGAGUUGUAGAUGCUAUACAAGAUCAGAUUUGAGACUUAUCCAAACAAGAAGGAGUAGAUCUCCGAGUAAUAGUUAGCAUUGGAAACAUAGAAAUUAAUCAAUAAGUUGAAAUUACAUUAUUUGAAAUAUAAAAAGAUCCUGCCUCUCGAGAAUCUGAACGAUUACACUUAACAAUACAAUAUCAAUGAUGAUUUGAAUUACAUGAGAUUUUGGGAUUAUUUCAGAGUUAGAACCAACCACAGGAAACACAAGCAACUUAUCAUGCCAACAAAAAACUCAAAAGAAAAUAAAAGUUAACAACCCUAAAAUCCAUUUAUUCGAAGUUAGCAACGAAUCAAAACUGAAUACCGAAUUAAAAGCCUGAAUACAAGAAAAUUGUGA